AUGUCCGAUUCCCCGCCACCUCCUCCGUCUUGGAGUAUCAGCAACAUGGCCAACGGCGCAGUGCAGUUUCUCCGCCUGCCUGUCCUCGCAUCAUCGGGUCUGGCCGUGGUCGCCAGUGGCCUGCUCUAUUUCAAACAGAACGAACUGAUCUACCCCCGAAACGUCCCCGCCGAUGCGCGCACGAAUGUCCCAAGCCCUCGCAUGUUCGGCAUCACCGACUUUGAAGACCUGCAGAUCCCUACGCCGGACGGGGAGUCGCUCAAUGCUAUAUUCCUGCGGCAGCCGAAGACGCGCCAGAGCCGCAAUCUCACCGUGUUGAUGUUCCACGGAAAUGCGGGUAAUAUCGGCCAUCGCGUGCCGAUUGGCAAGGCUCUCCAGGAGACCCUCCGUUGCAAUGUGAUCUUGCUCGAGUACCGCGGCUAUGGGAUGUCCACGGGCACCCCUGACGAGGUGGGCUUGAAGAUCGAUGCGCAGACAGCUCUUGACUAUAUUCGGCAACGCCCCGAGUUGAAGGACACUACGAUUAUUGUGCAUGGACAGAGCUUGGGUGGUGCGGUGGCUAUUAAUUUAGUUGCUACGAAUCAGGACGCGGGAGAUAUUGGGGGGCUGAUUCUGGAGAACACGUUCAUGUGUAUUCGGAAAUUGAUCGCGACGGUGUUGCCUCCGGCACGUUAUGUUGCGCGCUUAUGCCAUCAAACUUGGGCAAGUGAAGACGUACUGCCGAAGAUCACCAAGGUGCCGAUUCUGUUUCUAAGUGGACUGAAAGACGAGAUUGUCCCACCACCACACAUGACCGGGCUCUUUGCCCUUUGCAAAUCCCCGAGCAAGGUCUUCCGCACUCUACCUAACGGCAGUCACAACGACACUGUUGCCGAGCCGGGCUAUUUCGAUCACAUCCAUUCCUUCGUCACGGAAGAGGUUCUGGCUGAUUACGACUGA